AUGGCACCCGACCUCAAUACUCUGCCUCCAUCUCGACCUGUCUCCGGCUCCAAUAGUCCUCUACCUCCGAGAAUGGCUCAGCCUGCAGAAGCCCUCACUCAAUCUCCUUCGUCGCCUCCGAUACCUGUGCCUCACUCUCCGAGCCACUCUCUCGCCGCAACUGCCGCCCUGAACGCCGGCAUACACAACGAAGAGUCUCGCCGCACUUCUGGUGGCUCAAUACGUCGCGACGCUGACCGUGCUCGUCGUCGUUCAAGUAUUCGCAUGAGCCUGAAUCUCAACGAUCCAACUGUCCCCGCACCUGGUGAGCUCCAGAUAAGCCCUUCGUUGCGUACACGCAAUGCGAACUUUCCGAGCCCUCGUCAUGAGCGCACCCCCAGCCUUGGCGAGCUUCAUCAGGAACUAGAAAAUGAACAGGAGGCCCAAGUGAAUCGCCUUCUCAGCAUGAUCCGACAACAGCAGGCUCAAAUCAUAAGCCUGUCCAAUACCCAGACUACACCUGCUCAAGGAGCUGCGGUUGACGACUCCACACCGACCUCAGAGCGCUCCUUAUCUCUACCCCAGUCUGCCACCGUACCAAACGCUGCUGUCAACCCGCUACCCCUGUCUCCGCGACCUCGACAACAUGGAGAUCUCUCCAGACAAUCGUCUUACCGUGAGCAGUCUCGUGGAAACAGUCGCUCUCCAGCCCUACGACCUGUGCCUCUUAGCUCAGGCUCGCGGAGCGAAAGUAAUGAGUGGCUGUCUGGUGGAUUGAGCAAUAGUCGAGAUGAGAGCGCAUUCUACCAAGCUGAGACCCAGAUGCUCACGCGAGAGAACCAGAUGCUGAAGAUGAGGAUAAGGGAGCUUGAGCGCCAGAUUGCAGAUUGCAACCCGAUUCCCAGUCCGCAUGCACCUGCCCUGCCUUCGAAUCUCGCGACAUCCCCUCCACUUGAGGCUCAACAGACAGGAGUACCUGAGAACACGCCUUUACCACCUUCUGCAACUGCAUCCAGUACUACUGCUUCAUGA